CUGCAGUAUAACAUCGUCUUUGACGGUCGACCGCACCGUCGCCGUUAGUCGGUCAGUUUUGCGUUCAUAGUUCACCGCGUCGGAUGUGCUUCAAUUUGGAUAAGAGCUGUUUUUUUUUCGUUUGAGACGGUUCAAGUUCGAGAGUGGAUCGCGCGCUGGAUGACAUCAUUAGUCAUCGGGUGGACCAGGUGCCAUUGGCGUGAUCGAAGGGAUCUAAGGAAGCUUGUGAGCCGUGGUGAUUCAAAGUGGUCCGCGCGAAAGUGGUGAUAAUUGCUCUUAAGUUGACCGCGUAAAAGUGUUGCGGUUGGAACGCUUAAUCAGCCAUGUAGAAUGUGACAAUGUGAAGUCGGUUGAACGUCAAUUUGUUCUAAUUGCCAUAUUUAUAAAGCGGAAGAAAAGUUGAGACUAACGAUUCUGUGAAGAUAACUCAUCCAGCGUAGCCCAUCGUCUACGUUACAAGGCAGAUAGGCUCAUUUGGCGGUUGAUCAGAGGCUGGGUCCAUCUGGUGAUUCGCGAAUAGCGUGAUUUUGCUCGAUGUGAUCAUCGGUCGGAAAUAGACGGCUCGUUUUUUGACUGUGUUUUUGGCGAUUCGGGUGCUGUUUGGAUUCUUGCGUGUUGCGAGAGGAAGAUUUAUUGUUGUUGCUCGAAGAGAGAAGAUCGUUACCACCUACCUGUUUAUCGUGUGGCCUACCAUUGAGUAGACGUUGAAGUGAGCUGUCCCAUUGAGGAAAAAAAUGUAUCCGUCACAGCUGCAUAAAAAACCCCUCCCGUCGCCGGGCAUCAACGCAGGCUCCUUCGCCGACAGCAUGUCCAAUCUGAGCGACGUAUCCUCCACCACGGCCAUCCUGAACAAUAAUGCUCCGGGCACUCCGGCCAACCCGGCCAACAGUGUCAGCGGUUCCCAGACGGGUUCAAGCCGACCGCGGAUGGACAUUGCUUGUGUUAUUGAUACGAGCCAAUCGCAACGGAAGGCCGCCUUCGAGGAGCUGAAACUGGCAUGCGUUCAGGUGUGUGCCAACUUGCAACUGUUGGAGUUCGAGAAGCUGGACUUCGGGGAGCUCAACACGGUGGACAGUUUCUACAGUGCCGAUGUGGCCGUGGUGGAUCUGAGCGUGCGUGCUCAGCAGAGUACGCUGAGCUAUCAUCUGGGGGUUCGGGAGAGCUUCGAGAUGAAGGAAAACAUUGUGAUCUAUAACGAUUCGGAUAGUGAGGCUACGUUGAGGAUGAAAAUCUCGUGUGGGAAUUACACAUUUGUGCCUUAUAGGGCGGUGGAAGGGGCGGGGUGCGUGGUGACGAAUCCGAGUAAGGUGGGAUAUUCGGAAGAGGUGGAUUCGAAAAUAAGCCUGCUGAGUAGGUUAAGGAAGAUCUUUCAGGACGUGGAGAUCCAGUCGAAGGCGCACUUGAGGGAGAAAUUUUUGGCUGAUUUGAGAAGUUUAAGGGAUCAAUACGCAGGGAAUGUGGAGGAACUGCAGAAAAUGCUGAGGAAUAUGAGGAAGAGGUUGGACGAUCCUCACGUUCUGUCAAAGGAGAUCGUUCAAACGUACAUGCUUUCGUUGAGAGAUGUCCAAGAUUACGAUGCCAUGGUUCAGUUAGUGGAUGAUCUUCAGACGGUUCCAAAUAAACAGCAUUAUAUAAGUACGGGAAACAUGAACUACCUGUAUGCGUUUGCAUUGAAUAGAAGGAAUAAAGAAGGUGAUAGAGAUAGAGCAUUGAAAACCUGUACAAAAGCAUUGGAAAAGAAAGAGAAUCAUUUUCCUGACAUGCUGUGCCUUUGCGGAAGGAUCUACAAAGAUAUUUUUGUAGAAUCAAAUCGCACGGAUUUGGAAUCGUUGAAAAACGCAAUAACGUGGUAUCGCAAAAGCUUCUUGAUCCAACCCAACGAAUUUGCCGGAAUCAAUUUGGCAACACUGUUGGUGAUCGAGGGCAAGGAUUUCUCAGAUUCAGAACUACAACACAUCGGAAUGAUUCUGAGCAAUCUGAUCGGUAAGAAAGGAUCGCUUUCGUCGAUCAAAGACUACUGGAACGUGGCAACGUUCUUCGAAAUCUCAGUUCUGGCGGAAAACUACGCCAAAGCCAUUCAAGCGGCCGAAUGCAUGUUCCGGCUCAAACCUCCCAAGUGGUACCUUAAAUCGACCAUCGGGAACAUCACGUUGAUCGAUUGUUCUCGAAGAAAAUCCGAGGAAUCGCUCGCCUCGAUCGAACAGCAAAUCUUCCAGUUUUGGAUGGAGUUUUUCAUGGAAGCUACCAACGCUGAACCGUCCUCAACGGUCCGAUGUCCCAUCCUGAUUCAAGAAACGCAAAAAGUUCUCUUUCCGUCGUACGUUUCGAUCCACAUGGAUGCCGACCAGAAGUCGAUAGACAUAGUCAACAUCUGCCAGCAGCACGAGAAGGACAAGUGCCGGAAGGUGCACAACUUCAACUUUCUUGCCAGCCAGAUCAAAUCGGUCAGUUUGUACAAACGGGACGAGCGAUGUGCGUUUCUGUACGUGCAGCAGAACUCCGACGAUUUUCAGAUGUACUUCCCGUCGGUGCAGUGUCGGCAGCAGUUCUACGACUUGAUCUUGCAGAUGACUGCCGAUCAGAAUUCCGGAUUCAUAGAUCUAUCGACGGAGACCAUGAGCGACGAGAUCAAGUACGAGUACGAGAUGGACGAUCAGACGAGGAGGAUCGUGUUGGGUCGGGGUACCUACGGUACGGUUUAUGCAGCGAGAGAUCUGAAUACGCAGGUGAAGAUCGCUGUGAAGGAAGUUCCGGAGAAGUACAGUCACGAGGUGCAACCGCUGCACGAAGAGAUCAAACUGCACUCGCAGUUGCGGCACCGAAACAUUGUGCAGUACUGGGGAUCGAAAUCGGAGGACAACUACUUCAAGAUCUUCAUGGAGCAGGUUCCGGGAGGAUCGCUUUCUGCGCUGCUACGAUCCAAGUGGGGACCGCUUAAGGACAACGAAGCCACCAUUGCAUUCUACUCGAAGCAGAUAUUGGAGGGAUUGAAGUACCUGCAUGAACAGAAGAUCGUCCACAGGGAUAUCAAGGGGGAUAACGUGUUGGUGAACACUUACAGCGGAGUGGUCAAAAUCUCCGACUUCGGUACAUCGAAACGGUUGGCCGGAAUCAAUCCGGUGACGGAAACCUUCACCGGUACGCUGCAGUACAUGGCCCCCGAAGUAAUCGACCAAGGUGUGCGAGGUUACGGACCGGCUGCGGACAUAUGGUCAUUUGGGUGCACCGCUGUUGAAAUGGCCACAGGGAAGCCGCCGUUCGUGGAGCUCGGUUCACCGCAGGCAGCCAUGUUCAAGGUGGGUUUCUACAAAAAGCACCCGGAAAUACCGGCUGAACUGUCCCCGGUCGCCAAGAACUUCAUCAAGCGCUGCUUCGAAGUGGACGUAGAUAAACGGGCAACGGCUGCCGAGCUGCUGGACGAUCCGUUCCUGUCAGACAAACACAAGAAGAUGCGUGCCUCGAUCAGCAUCCCUCCGUCCACGAUCAGUGCUGGCGCAGCUGAGUUCUCCCGAAGUGUCAGCAUGCCGGCCGAUCGUCACAUCAGCAAAACUCUAAUAUCCCAACAAAGCACGGCCAGUUGCAAUACUCCAAGCAUCAACUCAGAAACAGACUGCAUCCCACCGACAUUCGCCUCGACCAGAUCGGCCUCGAUCCGGAAGAACAAACAUCUCGCCCAUCUUGCGCCGAUCCAAAUGCCAAAUCAUGUCAGUAGCAUUGGGAAUCUUGCCGAAACGCCAUCAUUGGAAAUUGAAUCUAUGGAACCACCACCGGCUGGGUUCCAGCUCAACCGACGAAGUUCCUCCGGAGGAUUACUUUCGCCUGAGGUUGAACUCCCUACGACGUCCAGCAAAUCUCCCCUCCUGGCCGGCGAGGCCAACGAAAGUGACGGCUUCUACCUGCUCAAAAAAGACUCCCAACGUCGCGCCACGCUGCACAAGGUCCUAGAGCACGACGAGCGCAAAAUAUGCCAGGUGUGGAUGGAAAAGAUCGUCUCCGACCGGAAGGAGGCGGUCGACAUCACCCAGUCCCAUCUGGAGACGCUCAUCAAGGCCCUGCGAACGUACAUCACCGAGCAGAAGAAGGAACAUCUGGAGGGGGCCAUCAGCGGGCUGAAGAAGAGUCUGGACUUUGACUCGACGGCGAUCGAUCAUCUGCACUUGGCGAUGUACUCGUUCCAGGAUGCGGUCAUUACGGUGCUGCGAUCGCACAACAUAAAGCCCCACUGGAUGUUUGCGCUGGAUAACCUGGUCAAGAGUGCCGUCCAGGCGGCGAUUAUCAUACUUUCGCCUGAACUGGGUCGGAACCUAGCCGGACAUGGCCAUAAUGAUGAUGAUGACGAUGAGGAUGAUGAUGCGGAAAAUGACCGGAACCGAGGAGAUGCAGCUCGGGGUGGCAUCGAUGACGACGACGAUGAUGGGGAACUGUCCACAUCGGGUGUGGGCACCGUAAACUCGGUAGCAGUGGCAAAACCCGCCAAGCUAAGCCGCACCAAGAUGAUCAAUGAUCAAAUUACUGCUCUGCGAGCGGAGAACCUAAGACUGAUGGAAGAUCUGUACGAAUCUCACAAAAUGUAUCACGGAGUUUUCAAAACAGCUCUCAAAGGACAGACCACAAACACUGAAAUGGUGCGUGCACUGGCGAGUCAGCUGAUGUCGGUGGCAAGUCGGCAGGAUCAUAAUUCCCAGGGGUACGCCAGUGACCUGACGGAGAGCCCUGGAAUAGCUGAUGAAGUGGACGCCGCGAACAACAACUUCCUGAGGCCAACGGCUCCAACCAGACAGCAUUCGGUGCGAGCCGGAUUGGACCGACGAACGCCGGUUCGGGUGGCUCCGUUUGAUGGUGUGUCGGAAUCGAUGGCUGCCGGCAGUCAGCCGGAUACGCGAUUGGACGAGUGGCUGGUGCAGCAUGGAUUCAACGAUCACGUUCGAAGCACUAUUCACUUUGAGGAGUUUAGCUACGAGGACUUUAUCUACGCGAUGGAGCAGGACGAUCUACGCAGGAUAGGUUUGAGAGUCGGCACCGAGGUAAGACUGUGGCGGGCGAUUCGAGUACACCGGCAUCGCUUCCCCCAGCCGCCAUGGUCCCCAACGGAAGAUCUUCGCCAUCCAGUCCUCUCGCCCCAGUCGCAUUCCUCCUCCUCUCUGGCAACGGUCCUCAAUGCCAACGUGGGUGAACCGGCGCCGAAACCGAUCUCCAACUCCAACAGUUACGACUCGAACUGUUCGGCGUGCACGACAUCCACUUCGUCGGAGUACGAAUCGUGCAAUGGAAUUGAUUCGUCCUGAGGAAAACGUCGCCGCGUCACCUUCCGGCAAGGCGGCAAUCGUGGCAAUAAUAGCAACAAGCGCAGCAAAUAAGGUGGCUGUCGCCAAACGUGAGGCAAUAAACCAGUGAAACGGCGGAACAGAAUCCCAACAACACUACUCUUAAGACCUGCUUUUAGCAUGUAAGGUAAGCAGUUAUUUUCCCCUCAUCUCAAUUUACACGUAGAACUAUAGUUCGCUCUUGCUCUCUUGAGUGGAGAAUUCAUUGUUGUUACAAAACAGUCCUCUAAAUUGAUAGGUUUUAAACUAGGUUCAUAAGUCAAGCAUUAUUCAAUCGUCUCGCAUACAUUUUUGUCGAUCAUUGUUAGGUACGAGUAGCUCUUUGUAAAAGUGCGAUUUCAUGUCUCUCUUUAUGUUUUUAUCUGUUUUCGGUCUAUAAGUACUAAGUCAAAAGACCACUAAUGGUCUUUUGAUGUGUUUUCAAAAUUGUUAAUUAUCUCAAAGUUUUUUUUCUGUGUUUUCGUAUCAAAAUUGUUGAUAUUAGGCCAUAGGAGAACAUCCUUUAAUCGUACACGCAAAGCUUCGAAAGUUUUGUGGCACAUUGUGUUAGUAGGAGUUGCCAUAUUUAUCUACUUGUUAAGGCUCAAAGUGGUAGCACAAGUGCAUGCCGAUAUAUUGUAUGAUUUACAAUAAAUUGUGUAUCUUCUUGAAGGUCAAGUUUAAA